AUGCCAGAAAAGCGCGGUCGCGGCAGUCCUGAGCUGGUGCCGAAUCCAUUCAUCAAGAAGCGAAAUCUGGAAUGGAGUAUAGAGCUUACCGGCUUGGCUCACGAUGCUGAGGAUUCGAGCAGCAGCUUGAGCUCGCUAUCGCCGAGCCCACCAGCUCAGGCUGAUGAACCCAAAACAUCGGCGGUGGAAGCAGGCGAAGCAAAAGUGGACGACCACCUUGCAUACUUCUGCGGUAUACUUGCGAAAGCGACAUUAGCGCCCUUCCCUAAUGGCAUGCCUCAACUUCCAGUUACAAAUUAUCGGGAGCUCUAUGACGCGCAUUUCGGAAAACGCGAGGGUGCUCACUUCGUUAUUCACCAGCAUGAUCAUCCUAUUGCUGGGACGCACUAUGACCUACGUCUCCAGAUCAACGAGACCAGCAGUGCAUCAUGGGCUAUCAUGUACGGUUUGCCCGGUGAUCCGAAUAGCCAGCGGCUAAACCGAAAUGCGACUGAAACAAGAGUCCACUGUCUAUGGAAUCAUCUUGUAGAGACCGCUUCCACCUCAACUGGUUCGCUGCUAAUCUGGGAUACUGGUACUUACACCGUCCUUCAGAGACGCAGUAAAUACGCGCCAGCAGAGGACCCAGACUCUCAGCCAUCUGCUCCGGGCGCAUCACCUCAGCUCACAGAACAAGAAAAGCUAAACCAGGCUUUCAAGGCCCGCAAGAUUCGCCUAGAGCUCAACGGAAGCCGCCUACCGCGCAACUACGUUCUCUCUCUGCGUCUCACUAAGAGUGAGGAUGCGGCCGGGAGAGCAAAGAUUGGAAGAAAGCCGAAGACACGACGGCGGCGAGGUGGUGCGAAAACCAAGGCUCCAGAGCCCAUGACCAGCUCCGAUUCGGAUUCCGACCGGAACACCGGUAAGGCCGGCGUCGGCGGCGAAGAAGACAUUGUUCAUGCACCGGCUGAAGUGGAUCAAGAAGGCGUUUCCGCCAUGGAACGGGAGAUACGGGAGCUAGAGGAUGAAGAAGUACGUAAGACCAAUGCGUAUACCGGUGCGACCAACACCAUUGGAAGUGUACACCAGCGCAAGUGGUAUCUCUCGCUUGAUCGGGAGGCCUGUGGUUUCGUGAAGCGUCGGAAACAAGGCAAAGUUAUUUGGGAGUGCGUCGAGGAGCACGAGGAUGUUGGAGAUGCAAGGCUCAGAUUCCCAUUCCACGUAAAAGGGGCAGAAGUUGAGCGCAGUGUUGUUACUGGACGGCAAGGGGCAGAAGUCUUGAAGGACGAAGGAGUGGUUGACUUUGUAGCUCGGAAGGGUUGGCGGCCGGUCCUGAAUUGA